AUGUCGGGACCACCUCUGCCUAUGGUGAUUGAUGCUCUCGAAGCUAGCGGCAAGCCAGUCGUGGCGGCCAUUGAUGGAGUAGCACUAGGAGGCGGCUGCGAAGUUGCCUUGGGUUGCCACUGGCGCCUGGCCAGCGCGCGCUCCCAGGUUGGACUUCCUGAGGUGAACCUGGGACUCCUCCCUGGAGCCGGCGGCACCCAGCGCCUUCCGCGACUCAUUGGCGCAGACCCCAGCGUGGAUUUCAUGUGCCGCGGAGCUCCUGUGAAAGCAGCCCAAGCCCUCAAGGUCGGCAUCUUCGAUCAGGUGCUCGAAGGUGACAAUGCUGCUGUAGUUCAGGCUGCUGUGAACUUCGCAGCGCGGCAGCUCAGCGUUGACCUGGCGACUCGAAGGCUCUGCAAUGGCAAGGCAAAAGCGACCAGCUCAGAUGCGCUGGACGCCAAGCGCAAGGAGUACAUGAAGCUACGAGCUGGCGAAGCGGCUCCGCAAGCAAUCAUCACCUGCAUCGAGGCGGCGGCCAGCAAGGACUUCCGAGAUGGCAUGAAUGUGGAGGGCACGGAGUUCGGCAAGCUCUUCAGAGGCUCCCAGUCCAAGGCCUUGCAGUACAUGUUCUUCGCAGAGCGACAGUGCUUCAAGAUACCAGGCUUGGAGUCCAAGCCGAAGCCUCUCAACAGUGCUGGAAUUAUCGGUGCUGGAUUGAUGGGCGGCGGUAUCGCCAUGUGCUGUGCUGAGGCUGGGAUGAAGGUAGUAGUCCUGGACGUUGACCAGAAGAACCUGGAGCGUGGAAUGAGUGUGAUCCAGAAGAAUUAUGCCAGAAGUGUGGAAAGGAAGUCCAAGUCGCAGGAGCAGGUCGACAAACUCUUGGCAAACAUCACAGCCUCAACUUCAUACGACUCUCUCUCGCAGUGCGAUAUUGUGGUGGAGGCAGUCUAUGAGAACAUGGACCUUAAGAAAAAGAUCUUUGCCACCCUGGACCAGGUUUGUAAGCCAGGCAGCAUCCUGGCUUCCAACACCAGCUACCUCAACAUUGACGAGAUUGCAAGCGCCACAAAGAGACCACAGGAUGUCAUUGGUUGCCACUUCUUCUCCCCUGCGAACGUAAUGCGCUUGCUUGAGAACGUGAGGGGCCCUCGCACUUCUCCGGAAACCAUCGCCACCGCCAUGGCUUUCGGCUCAAAGCUGAAGAAGGUCACCUGCCUAGUCGGAAACUGCGGCGGCUUCAUCGCAAACCGGGUCAUGGGCGUCUCAGGCUUUCCGUACUUGCUUCACAAAGGCCUGCUGCCUCACGAGAUUGACGAGGCCGCAGAGGCGUACGGCAUGCGCAUGGGCCCAGCUCGGAUGAAUGACCUGGUGGGCAUCGACCUCUUCGGGAGAGAGCGAGCUAAGGCUGGCAUUGCGCAGCCGGAGAAGAACGUUUUUGAUGCCAUAUACAAAGCCGAACGCUUCGGACAGAAGAACGGCAAGGGAUUCUACAAGUACGAUGAGAAGCGCAGGAAUAGCCGGGACCCAGAUGCAGAAGCCAUCAUCCAGCAGGUCUGGCAAAAUAUUGGCGUCCAGAAGCAGUCCAUGGAGAAGGAAGACGUCAUCGACAUGCUGUACCUGCCGGUCGUGAAUGAAGGCUUCAAAUGUCUCGAAGAGGGCAUGGCCAUCAGACCGAGUGAUAUCGACGUGUGCUGUGUCUUUGGUUACAAUUGGCCCAGAUAUCGCGGAGGGCCAAUGCAAUGGGCGUCGGCCGUGGGGCUGCCCAAGGUGCUCUCCAAGGUGGAGGCAAUGGGAUUGAAGCCCUCAGAGCUGCUCCAGGAGUGCGUGAAGAACAACUGGAGGUUGAACUCCAAGGAGUUCCUGGCACGCACCUCCGCCACAUGGAACGCCAAAUGGUCAACCGCGACCUCCAAGAUGUGA